UGUCCGCCUUCCAUUCACGGUGAUCGGCUGGGAAGACGCUACCUCUGUAAGUGCGUCCGCUACGUGAAUACUAGCGAGCGGUCGAGCGAUCCCGUGCACCCUGGAACGAUGAACGACGACGAUCAUUUCGAUUUCCUCUUCAAAAUUGUCCUGAUCGGCGACUGUGGCGUGGGCAAGACGUGUGUAGUGCAUCGCUUCAAAAGUGGAAUGUACGUCGAGCGGCACGGCAACACAAUCGGUGUUGACUUUGCCAUGAAAACCCUGACAGUCGAAGGAAAGAAAGUAAAGUUACAGAUAUGGGACACGGCUGGGCAAGAGCGCUUCCGCACCAUCACCCAGAGCUACUACCGAAGUGCCAACGGCGUCAUCAUCGUGUAUGACAUCACCAAAAGGUCUUCGUUUCUCAGCCUACCCCGUUGGGUCGAGGAAGUCCGGAGAUACACGGGUUCGAACGUUCCCCUCUUGCUCAUAGGGAACAAGUGCGACAGCGAGAGCCUGCGUGAGGUGACCCCAGAGGAGGCCCAGGGUCUGGCGGAGCAGUACCCGGAGUUCAUGGCGGUGCUCGAGACCAGCGCCAAGGAGAACACCAACAUUGAGGCGGCCUUUGUCGCCCUCGCCACCGAGCUCAAGAACACCCACGACCCCGUGGGACACCUGACCGACGAAGACUUGCGACGCAUCUCCCUCAGUUCCACCAAGGUCGGGCACAAGGCCGCCUGCUGCACAAGGCUGUGAUUCUCCUCGCCUCUUAGUUCCUUUUUUCCUUCCUUACCUCCAUUCUUUUUUUUCUCUUUUAUAUAUGUGUACGGCGUGUCCUCCCCCCGAAGAAAAACUUACGGGUUCUUUUUCACCGCAAAAGUAAACGAAGCAUUGCCGAACGCUCAGCUUCCACCCAAAUGAAGUGCUAGCGUUCCGAACGAGGUGGCGGAGUCCCAUAACUAACCGUUAUCUUAUUCAUAAGUUACGAGAGACGUUCUGAAAAUUUCGACGAGAAAAUGGGGCCCCUUCUCGGUAACUGCUGCCGUUCAACUUUGCGUAUCCAAAGGCUCCGUCGACCACCAUUUUCCCAUUGAAAGUUUAAGAAAAUCGCCUAUAACCUUUGGAUAAUGUAACGGUUAAUUCUGAAACUUUGGCAUCUAGUUCGUACCGCUAGCUCAACAUUUGGGUCAAGAAUGAGCGUUCGGCGACGUGUAGUUUACUUUUGGAGUAAAACAAACCUCGUAAAUUAUUUUGGGGGGGGACACCCUGUACAGCGAGGGUCCGGCGGACCAAACCCACUUCAAAUAUAUCUUAAAAAACAGUUUCACAUGCUCCGACACUCUAAUUUAGCGCAAAAAUGUGGCUAGGUGGUGCACUUUUUACUGUUAUCAAUAUCAGUGAGCAGUUUUGUUUUAAUCAAAUUAUUUACAACUAAAGAAACAGAGGCCAGAUUCCCGAAACUUUCUUACGACAAAAAAUUUGUAAAUUUAUCUUACGACAAAGUUACAAACUUUUCAGUAUUCCCAAAGCAAAACAUUCAUAAGUUUUGCGUAAGUUAUGUAGAAAUCCGUAACUUACGCAAAACUUAGGAACAUUUAGUUUCAGGAGUACUAAAAAUUUGUAACUUUGAUGUAAGAUAAAUUUACAAACGUUUUUGUGGUAAGAAAGUUUUGGGAAUCUGGCCUCAGAACUUUUCUUGUGGCUCGGCAUGCAGUUAUUUCUUUCGUUGUUCCAGCGUGAAAAAACGUUUGGAAGAUUUGAUUUAGCAGAAACUACAAAGAGGGUGAAGAAAAUAAUUCUGACUUUGCUCCCAUUCUCUGUUCUUCCCAAUAAGACGCUUCAAUAGUCCACAAAAAAGCUUUUUGCACUUGUAAUCUAAAAAGGCUGAACUGCAUACCGAGCCGCGGGAAAAUCUUUGUUUCGGAGUUGUUACGAUUUAUUGAGGCAAGUUUGCUCUUCGGUAUUUUCGAAAAACAAAAUUCACCUCCUCGUGGCAUCUUUGUGCUCAAUUACAGUGGCAGAGCGUGCUAAACAUAUUUUUGAGACUUGCUUAAAGCAGGUUUCAUCCGUUGGGCUCACGCUGCAUAUUAUACACGGAGCACACACUACCAUCAACUGUGGUGGAACUCAACCAGGUCUGAAAGGACGGGGAAAAAAAAAAUUGUGUCAUCGUGAAGCCCUUUGUGAGCUUCUAGACAGAACUGGCGUCCGGACGACGUGGUCAAAUAUGAAACUGAGGCAGUUUCUGUGAAGCCUGGCCAUAUCCAAGGGCAGAUGUCAGUUUGAAGGCUCAUCUAUGCAAUCUGUACUGUGGACAAGAGAUGUCAAAAAUGUUUGUACUUAGCUUUUUUUUUUUUUUUCGUCUGGGGGUUGCAGUUACAAUUAGCAAUAAAGUUUUGCAAAUGCAGCUAGCCAGCAUACCCUUUUGCUAGCAUGGAGGUUGUGUAGGUUGGCAGCUUGCCUAUCAUCUGCUAUGGCCACUAAUCUCAAUGUUACCUUGAUUGCAGUUUGCCACUGUUUUGGCAAAGUAUCCUUACCAACCUUGUUGCCAGUACAUUGGCUUGUCUCCUGCGAUGUGGCAACACAGCCACAUCAUCUGCUGUGAGGUUGUGCAUGAUUCGGUAGAUAACGAGCUGGUACUGGUCAUAAAGGUCGCUUUGUGGCUUCGUCGCAAAAAUGGCUGUAAUUGUCGGAGGCACAAUCCGUAAGAUCUAAGAGAGAUCUGUUUAAGGUUCCCAUUUUGGAGACAAUCGUUCGGCAGUUGGAGAAUAUGUUUCUUUCCACUAACACCUUUUCUGGCCUUCACACCUGUUUGAAUGAGGACACACCUCGACUAGGACGACGACGUUAAGGUGCAUUGCAGAACUAGUCAGUGAAUUAAUUGCACAUGUUGGAGUGGCUUCAUUGCUAUAUGGACGGGUUAUGAGGAGGAGUCCGUGGAGCGCGAUUUGUGAGGUAGGCACUUGUGUAGUUGGCCUCUGUUGUUCUUGUUGGGACGCAUCACUUAUGUACUUGCGAGUUGUGCAUGUCAAGCAAGCGACCUGUGCUUCAUUAGGUCACUCACUAAACGUGUGUCAAACAGUAUUCCGACUGUUCUUCCAAACGAAACAGCAACUGUAUCUUUCUGAAACUUAGCAACUAAAUGCAUAAACAUAUCGGGAUUUCUCCCCAAACUCCAUAUAAAACAAUUCAAAAUGAGCAGCUAGGGCAGCACUCAACAAAAAUUCCUUGAGACUUGCCGAAUGCACUUUACUGGCAAUUUUCUUACGCUUGCACAUCUCCAACUUGCAACCAGAGAAUUUGUCCGAAAAAGCAGCGUUGCCGAAGUUGCUCAGGUUGCCUGAAACCUGCCUUUGUUACGCUGGUGAGCUGUGUUUCCUGUAAGGUGGUGUUUAUCUGGCUCGUGUAGUGUCGUCCAAAUCGAAACACCAUGUUUGAACAAAUAUCAACGACCUGUUGGGUGCACCUGCAAGGUGCUGCUUGCUAUUUUCCCGUUUGUGCUAGAGUGCUCACAGUGCCAUUCUCAGUUGUUGCAUAAUGUUUGCCGUAAGGCUGGUUCACUCACUUGUCACUGCUUACAACCGUGUGCCUUAAAAUCCCUUGGCUUAUGACGAGAGAACACCCUGGUGCUUUCUAUGGGUGGGACACUUCAAGUUUCCCUAAAUUUCCCAUUUUUUUCAGGCAUUCCUUUUUAUUUUUUGCUCAAAAAGCUUUUGACAUUAAGCAUUUCUCAUAGGUAGUAUGUAUAUUUCAUCUCGCUUCCAAACCCUCACUCUAGUGAAGUUCCAGGGUCACCUCAUAGAUGGCACCAGCGUGUUCUCUAGUCCUAAGAGGCCCCAAGAACUCGGUCCCCAGCAAACGCAGGUGUGUGAAUUCAUUCACAACCGGGAUCUCAGCAUCGCAGAAGGUACCACCCCGCACGAACAAGUUACCAUCAAGUUUCUGAGCAUAACAAUGCGAAGUGCAAGUCGUCUGCUUUUUGCGCAGGGGUUUUACGACGUCAGAAUGACGCCCACCUCUGAUUGAAGGGUAGUGGGUAGAUCACAAAGCAAGCUUCCUUCACGUCUACCCACUAUCCUUCAUUCAGAACCAAUCGGAGCUUGGCCUUCCGACGUCAUCGCAACGCCCGCAAAAGAAGCAGACGAACUUGCGCUCCGCAUAGGGUGCCAACUCCCUCCAUGUUUGUUUCAUUUUAGACAUCAUCUGCUGUCCUAUCUUUUAGUUUGCUUCAUUGAGAUUAUUAGAGAUUGUUUAGGGGAGGGACGAAGACUGGUGCUACUCGUCAUCCUCGCAAGGUGCUUGGGCAACUUUGUCGAGACAGACGUGGCAAUUCACAAUCUUCUGUACUCUAGGACCACAAGACCGCGGGUGCAGCUAGGUUUCUGGGUUAUAUUGAACGCUUUGUUCGUAUAUUUGGAGGCCCUGCGGUGCUUCGCCCGCUGUAAAAAGCUCAAAUAAACUCAGAUUAUUUUUAC